UAUUCAUAAUUUUUACGCCAUUUUUAUUCUUGAAGAAAAAUUUUUCCAUACAGCAUUGCAGACUGAAAAAUUAUCAGAAAUUUAUUGAAUUUUUGGAAAUAAAUUGCAAGCUAAAAAGCUGUGUAAUAAUUAAACAAUAUUCUUAAUAAUAAAGGCAAUUAAUAAAAGUGUUUAAAAGACAAUUUAACAAAAUGUCUGACUCAGGCAAAAAAUUAAAUGAAUUACGUGUGUGUGACCUUAAGGAAGAAUUAGAAAAAAGAAAAUUAGACACAAUUGGACCAAAGUCUAUUCUAAUGGAACGAUUGGAAAAGGCCAUAAAAGGUGAAGGCUUAGAUCCGGCUAAACAUUUAUUUACAUUAGGCAAAGGUACUCCGGCAAAAAAGCCUGCCACUCCUAAAACUAGUACGACAGAAGAUAAAAAUACUAAAAAUAAAACAGAACCUAAAGAGGAACCCGUAGAAGAUAUUCAGAUAAAGGAAGAACCCGCAGAUGAAGAAGAAGAAUCUCAAAAAGAUGAACAUUAUGGUCAUGACGAUGAUGAUGAAGUCGAUCAGGUCGGCGAUGUUGAUGAUGAAUGCGUCAUAGUAAAUGACAUAGAGGAUACUGAAGAUGAUAUUGAUCAUGAAGAAGCUCAUGAGGAAGAAGAUGGAGCCAAUAAUGAACAUAAUGAAACGGAUGAUUUAUUAAACAAUGAAGAUGAAACUAAUGGUGAUGCUGGUAAUAAUGAUAAUGAAGAAGGUAUUAAUUUAACAAUUGGUGAGGAUGAACAGCAGUUAUUGCAUGAUGAGGCUCCUGAUGAUAAAGAGAAAACUGCUUCUCAUCAAAAAGACAAGGGAUCCUCAAAGGAUGGUAAAUCAGAAAAAUCAAGCAAGGAUGAUAAAAAAUUCAGUCACAAAGAUGAUAAGGAUAAAAAGAAAGAUGAUAAAUCUAGCGAUAAAAAAGAGGACGAUAAAUCUAAAUCCAAAGAUGAUAAAGAAAAAUCAUCAUCCAACAACAACGCUGCCACCAAUACAAAAUCAUCCAGUGGUAAAACAUCAUCAACGUCAUCAUCGAACACAUCUCGCAACUUGUGGGUAUCCGGUUUGUCUUCAUUGACACGAGCCAGUGAUUUGAAAACGAUUUUCUCGAAAUAUGGUAAAGUAAUUGGAGCCAAGGUAGUGACGAAUACACGUACACCCGGUACACGUUGUUAUGGCUAUGUUACCAUGUCAUCAUCGAGUGAUGCCAGUCGCUGUAUUGAUCAUUUACAUCGCACAGAAUUACAUGGACGUAUUAUAUCUGUGGAGCGUACUAAAAAUGAAAUUGGUGGUAGUUCAACAAAUUCUGCAAAGGAUGGUGGUGUCAAAACUUCUGGUUCAUCACGUUCAGAAUCCAAAAAGAAGGAUGAUGAAAAGAAAACCUCUAGCAAGGAUGGUGGCAAAUCAUCUCAGGAUGAUGGUAAACGUAAAAGUGAUGCGGGUAAGAAAGAUGAAAAUGGUGGUGUUAAAAAAGAUGACAGAGAUAAAACUUCACGUACCAAAGACGAUAAAGACAAGAAAGAUGAUGUCAAAGGUUCCAGUCGCAGUGAUCGCGGCCGUUCUGAUACUUCAUCUCUAAAACGUCGUUCAGUACAUCACAACAAUAACAACAACGGUCGCCAUCAUGAUCGCCAACGAGACCAUCGUCAACGUGAACGAGAGCGUAUACGUCAAAGAGAAAUACUGUCGUAUAAGAAAAUACGCGAAGAACGAGAACGCCAGCGUAUCCGUGAACGUGAGCGUGCAAUGCGUGAGGAAGAAAGAAUAAGUAGAGAACUAAGAGAGCGUCAACGCAUCGAAGAACAACGUUUAGCUGAGGAGCGUAGAAAAUUGAAUUUGGAACGUGAACGUUUAGAACGUGAAAAAGCUGAGUUGCUGCGUUUGCAACGCGAACGCCAGAAGUUGGAGCGUGAGAAACUUGAAUUGGAACGUCUAGAAAUUAAACGCCAACAAAUGAAAAUUAUGGAGACUCGUGAUGAUCCUCUUAAACGUCUAAACAAGCGUGGUGGUGAUGAUCGUUAUAGUGAUGACCGUAAACGUACAUCAGCUUCCGAUCGUUAUGAUGCUCCUCCUCCACCAAGAUUUGAUGCAUCUUUGGCUCCUUCAAGAAGUGGUCACAAGCGAGAUGAUUAUAUCAGUACUUCAUCCAGCAAACGUUUAGAUGACUAUAGUUCAUCUUCCUCUAAGAGAAUGGAUUACAGCAGCAGUGGUGCAGGUGCUAAACGUUCAGCUAUAGAUGACUAUGCAGCAGUACCUACCAAACGUAGUACAGACGAUUAUAGCAAACGUGGUUCUGAUUAUAUGGCAUCGUCCUCCUCCAAACGGGGCCUAGACGAUUAUAGUUCAGCCGGCAAAUCAUCACGCGACGACUACAAGCGUGAAGUUGAAAUACGUCAUAUGCCUUCAUCUAGCGUAGGUGUUGCGGGAGGCAGUUCUUAUCAUUCCAGUUCAUCGUUGCAUAAGAGCUCUAGUGGCAGCGGACGUUAUGAUGACCGUAAUUCAUCUCACAAUUACAGACGCAUGGAUGAUAUGAGUAGCGGCAAACGUUAUGACAGUUCUGCUAAUUAUGGCACCAGUUCAAGCAGCAAUGCUGUUUGGGCCUCAUCGUCGUCAUCGCACAUGGGUGGCGGCAGUAGUUCAUCUAUGAAAUAUUCCAGUAAUGGUAUGUCGUCAGGCCUUCACAAUUCAGGCUCUGGCUGGCCAAAAUCCAGUGCUGCAGAUGAUAACAGUUGGCGUACCAUUCCCACAUCACAGGAUCGUUAUGAUCGCACCUAUAAUGAACGUUCUAGCGGUGGUUAUCCCAGUGCCGGUGGUAGUGGUGGCAUGUAUAACAGCGGCAGCCGACCAGGACAAGAUCGUUAUGGUGGUCCUGUAUCUUCACGCUAUUAAAACCCUACCGAUAAACACUGAACACAACGCCAUUAAGUAAACGUUCAGAAUGUGUUUUUUGUGUUUUCUUUUAGAAUCCCUUUUGUACUUUCAAAAGAAAUUUAAAUUAUUGUUUA